AUGCGUACAGAAGACGUUGAGAAGCUUGUGAAUAACCGACUUCGAGACUUAAAAAUUGGCGGAAAUUUUGAAGACGCACUACGCAUUGAGGUAGACCAAGCAAACUCCUCACCUUUCACCGCCAAAAUCGAGCAGGCUGCUCCCCCAAAAAGAUUCUCAACGCCCUCUUUCACAUGCUUCAAAGGCGAUUCCGACCCUGAAAGUCAUCUGAAGCAUUUCAAGAGCCUUAUGAUCCUUUACAAAGCCGAAGACGCGCUAAUGUGUAAGGUGUUUGCAAUGACUUUGCGAGGAGCAGCUCAAGAUUGGUUCCAUACCCUGCUAUCCGGGUCGAUCAACAGCUUCAAGGAGCUUACUUACGUCUUCACUAAAGAAUACACUUCUUAUCGGACGAUCAAGAAGAACCCUGACCAUCUGUUCAACCUGCGCAAGAAGCCUGAGGAAUCCCUUCGAGAUUACAUCAAGAGGUUCAAAGCAGAAAAGGCCAACAUCGUAGGGUGCGAUGACCAAAUCGCAUCCUCUGCAUUCAAGAAAGGUCUUCCAGCAGAACAUGACCUAUACCGCGAGCUGACUAUCACUCCCAGCCAGACUCUGGCAGAGGUCUUCGCGACCGCAGAACGCUACGCACUCUGGGAUGACGAUCGAAUCGCCGCGAAGAAGUCCACUGAGCAGGAAGAUCGACCGGCCAAACGGGCAGAACAAAGAGGCGACAGGCUUGGCAGCAGGGACAAAGACAAAGGCAGGUCACGCCCACAAAGAGAGGCCACGACGAAAGAGAACUACACCAAGUUCUCUAUCCCCAUACAUCAAAUUCUAGCCCAAGUGAAGAACAAACCUUAG